AAACAAUAAAAAGUCUUUUCUCGUAUGGCCACACAGCUGUGUGAUCUAAAGAAUAUUUGGACAACACGUUUCUGUGGACUGAAGGGGAAAAUCAGCAGUGAUUCACCGGUUGUAGAGGCGCAACGUGCGCAAGAUCAAGUUCACUGUCCAACUAUUCAGGCACUUUUUAUGCGCUGAUAAUUACGCGCAGCCGCUCCGGGUCUGCAGAGAGCGGAAGGAGACUUGUUGCAGCUUUGUCUCUGCUCCUGAUCAGCCAUUUCGGACGGCGGAGAGCGGUGAGGUCGGAUUCACCCUCCAGAUCCCCAGUAUUAUAUUGUCAGUACGCAUGAAGAAACAGCUGAGUGGUGGCUGUGUGAAUGUGCCAUGAGGCUGAAGAGGAGCACAUCAGACUGUCUGCAGCCAGGAAUGGAUUAGCGUCACUUUGUUACUGUCACUGUCUUCUUUUACUUGCACCUUUUUUUUGUGUAUUGCCUUUGGAGCACUUUUUUUGCGCAUCACCAAAAAUGAAGAGAUAACUGACUUGUUGCGUAAAAUUCCCAAGUGAGAGAAAGGGAGGAAAUCCAAUCCUGCGCUGUGUCCUGUAUCCCUGCUUGUUGUUGUCAUUGCAUCUUCAUUUUUUUUUCCUCCACAAAUCUGAGACCACAAGCAGCAGCAGAUGGUGAAGAAGAUGGCACCGCAGCAUCCCUGGACACAAACCAUCAUCAUCAUCACCAUCACAUCAGCGUCCUUGUUGACCCAGAUCCUGUCCGGCGCAGUAGCAGACGUCCAGGAGGAGGAGGAGGGUUUCAACGCAGAGUCAUGGCUUCGCAACUUUGGCUACCUGUCCCAAGCGAGCAGACAGAUGUCCACCAUGCAGUCGGCUCAGAUUCUGUCCAAAGCCAUCAGCGACAUGCAGCAGUUCUACGGCCUGAAGGUGACGGGUGAAAUGGAUGCUGCCACUGUUGCUGCCAUGCGCCGGCCUCGUUGUGGCCUCCCAGACAGAAAAGCUGAUGAGAUGGAUGACGGAGCGAGAAAAAAACGCUACGCUCUCACUGGACAGCAGUGGAGCAAAGACCACAUCACUUACAGUAUUGUGAACCAGCACAUUCCCUCCUCGCUGGGAGAGAAGCGAACGUAUGACGCUAUCCGUAAAGCCUUUGACGUGUGGAGGCGGGUCACGCCGCUCACCUUUGAGGAGUUACCUGCUGUAAACACCAUCCUGAACAAUGGCAACCACACUGACCUGGCUGACAUCCUGUUACUGUUUGCCUCUGGUUUCCACGGUGACAUGUCCUUAUUUGAUGGUGAGGGGGGGUCGUUGGCCCAUGCCUACUAUCCCGGACCAGGAAUGGGUGGAGAUACACACUUUGAUGCAGAUGAGCCUUGGACACUGGAUAACCAGAACCCAGAAGGUAUAGACCUGUUCCUGGUUGCGGUCCAUGAACUUGGUCAUGCUUUGGGUCUGGAGCACUCGGAUAACCCCAGCGCCAUCAUGGCUCCUUUCUACCAGUGGAUUCACACUCAUAACUUCACACUGCAUGAGGAUGACAUCAAAGGCAUUCAGUAUAUAUAUGGUCCUCCUCUGGUCACCGAUGCUCCCCACACAUCUCCCUCCCCUGAUGACGAACCAAAGCACAACUCCCCGACGCACCCUUCUCCUCCUGAAGAUGAUCCCACCUCCUCUUCCCCCACCGACCCCCCUCCUGCUCCAGAUCCCACCAGCAGUAUUCCAGAUGUCCCAGAUCCAAGCCCCAGCCCUACAUCUCCACCCGUCCUCCACACCUCCACCCUGACCCAACCCCGGCGUGAAACAGAACCUGUCACACCGCCUAUCAGAAAAGAUGUCCCUGCUCCUCCACCACCUCCGCCCAGGCCUCCUGCUCCCCCUCCACAACCGCCCAAGAAGCCUGGCAACCAGCCCCCUGACAUCUGUGACGGGGACUUUGACACAGUGACCAUGCUGAGGGGGGAAAUGUUUGUUUUUAAGGGUCGCUGGUUUUGGCGGGUCCGUAGAAAUCGGGUGUUGGAUAACUAUCCCAUGCCGAUAUCUGUCUUCUGGAUCGGUCUGCCCAGUGACAUCGACGCUGCUUAUGAGCGCCACGACGGCAAAUUUGUCUUCUUUAAAGAUGAUAGAUACUGGGUGUUCAGGGAGGCUGAUGUGUUGCCGGGAUACCCGCAGCCCUUACACGAGUAUGGACGAGGAGUUCCUGCACACGGCAUCGACACAGCAAUAUGGUGGGAACCCAACGGACACACAUAUUUCUUCAUAGGAGACAGAUACUGGCGCUACAAUGAGGCGACUCGGACCACGGACCCAGACUUCCCCAAACCCCUCACCAGGUGGGGUAACAUCCCUCCAUCACCGAAAGGAGCCUUCCUCAGCGAUGACGGAGCCUAUACUUAUUUCUACAAGGGCACAAAUUAUUGGAGGUUUGACAACCACAGGACAGAAGCAGACAAAGGCUACCCUCGUUCCAUUUUAAAGGACUUCAUGGGUUGCAUCGGCGUCCCCGACCCAAAGCCCGAUCCCGACACCGAGCAGGAACCCAAAAUCCCACCAGUCAACCCUUCAGAUAGAGGCAAAGAUGAGCGCAAAGAGCCGGACAGAGGUCAGGACAAAGACACAAAGCAAGAGCAGGAGGAUCAGUCAGAGCCAGACAGCAGAGAGGAAGAGGAGGACGAGGACAAAGAGGUGAACGUGGUUGUGACUGUGGCCGAUAACGAAUCCAAAGUCAUGACCCUGAUUAUGGUGACUGUUCCUCUGGUGCUCAUCCUGUGCAUCCUCAUCCUCAUCUACGCCAUCCUCAGGACUCUGCAGAACAAAGAGACGCCGAGGGCCUUGGUGCAUUGCAAGCGUUCGCUGCAGGACUGGGUUUAAAGAACAGAACUACAGAAACUAGAGGAGACGGAACGGGUGUCAUCUGUCUGCUACAGUCUCCGGCGCCAAAAAAUUACUCAUGCCACUGUGUCUCCGAGGACCCGAGAAUGGGUUACCUCACCGUUUGGACCCUGUGAGAAACCUUUAUUACCCAAGUGAAAUAAUCCUACAGUUGGUGCCUGUGGAGCUUCGGUUUAUGUUUCUUGCAGGUUUUAUUUGCUGUGCCCUCCCUGCGUGCCUUAGAAAAGUGUCUAUGUUUCUUUAAAAUCACGCUAAUCCUAAACACCACAAAGAAAAACUGAAGAUGAUGCACGACACACUAGGAAUGUCCAUAUCUGUUCGCUCAGUCCAGAGGAGGGGCGGAUAGUUUUACUUCUAUUCUUAAAUGCAGACAAAGUCGACAUGCACAUAUACAGAAGCAUACAUACACUACAAAUAAAAAGUUAUGGAUAUUUCUUUUUUUAUUUUUGGCAUUUUUUGUCAUUUGUAAAUAAAACUACACCCAGAUAGCAAUUACCUUUGGGCUGGAUCCGCAUUAAAGCCUUUA